AUGUCCGACAGUCAAGGCAGCGCCCCCUUGCCACCGGGUUGGAAACGUAUCUUUUCCAAUUCUCAAAAGCGCCACUAUUAUUUUCACGCGGAAACCAAGCACACGCAAUGGCACUUUCCGACGGCAUCCGAAGCCGCGGAUCCGACCAAAGCCAAGAAACGUGCCGAAAUGAACAAGGAACGAGAAGAAAACAAGAAACGAUCGGCCGGCGGUGGUAGUAGUAGUAGUGCCAAGCGACAACGAACCGAAGCGGCUGCCACGGUGGAUGACUUUUUGGGGUUGGUCGAUGCGACGUCGGUAGCCAUUAUCGUUCCCUUUCGAGACAUUCAUGCGGCACAGAAACGAGCCAUGCACUUGAAGGCAUUCAUCCCGCACAUGAUCCAGUUUUUGACCAAACAACAAAAGGAAGGACUCGUGUCCGAUUUUCAUAUUUACAUUAUGGAACAAUCCGAUGAUGGACGCAAAUUCAAUCGAGGCAAAUUGCUCAAUAUUGGAUUCGAUAUGGCCAAAAAGUCCAAACGAGGACACGACGUUUUCAUAUUUCAUGAUGUCGAUUUGCUACCCAAUGAUGAUCUAGGUCCCUGGUAUGCCAAAUUCCCCAAGACACCCAUUCAUAUUGCGCGAGUCUGGGAUCGGUAUUCGGGAAACAAAAAGUACUUUGGUGGCGUGGUCAGUUUCUCCAGUGCCGAUUACAAGAGAAUCAAUGGAUUUCCCAACACAUUUUGGGGUUGGGGAGGCGAAGACGACGAAAUGCAAAACCGAUUGGAACGAUUGGGCAUCAAGUUCAUUUCACCCGACAAGGGAUCGCUGCGGGAUCUGGAGGAUAUGAACAUUACCGAAAAAAUGGCGUUUCUACGAAAGAAUCGAGAUUGGAAAUGCAUGGUCAAGUGGGAAUUGCUAGAUGAACACGAAAAGACCUGGAAAACAAACGGAUUGUCCGAUCUCAAGUAUUCCGUUUUGGAACAGAGUCCGCUGGACGAAAAGAAAAAGAGUACCAAAAUUUCGGUCGAUGUCAAGCUCAAUGGAAACCAUUGGGCAAACGAAAAGGCGGGUAUUGAUUUCACUGGUUGA